CUCUUCAAUCUCAUCAAAGCUAAGAACAUGCCCCAUGACUGGUCAAAGAGCACAACAAUUCUGAUGUGGAAGAAUAAAGGCGAUAUCGUAGACUGCUCAACAUAUCGGCUAAUCCGGCUGAUGGGCCACACUUUGAAUAUCUUCGAGAGAGUACUCGAAAUACGACUUCGAGCGAUCAUAGGGUUGCCAUCUAAUCGCAUUUGUAAAAGAUGUACACAUCCAAUGGAUAAAAAUGAUCUAUCACGGAGCUACGAGCCAUGUACAAAUGCGGCAGGACAGUCGAAACUAUUCCGCAUAAAGACCGGCGUACGUCAGGGGUCGGUGCCCUCUCCUCUUCCCUUCAUCACAGUCAUGGACGCAGUGACGGAAGGUCUCAAGCGACAUCCAUGGGCUCCCUGUAUGCAGACGAUGUGGUGUUGA